UUUUGAUUGCAACUGUAGAUCUAUCUAUACCUUUAAGCAUUAUGACUACACCUUUAACAGUGUUGUUGUAAACGGAGAUCAGCUGAUGGAGGAAACACACGCCCCAUGGUGAAGCGUCGGAGCACAGAGCCAUCAUUUUCCACACAGUGAGAGAGAGAGAGAGAGAGAAAGAGAGAGAGAGAGAGAAAGAAAAGGAAAGGAAAGGAAAGGAAAGGAAAUCUGGAGAGCUCGGCUCAUAUAGGUGGUAUUUCGGAUUUGGAUCAAUCAGGAGUCGUGGUAGGAACAGAAUUUGGAGCCGAGGACUGAGAAACCGGUUGUGGAUCGCGGAAGCAAAACAGUACCAUGUUAUUGUAGGAAGAAUUAUGAGAGGUCUGUGGGAGUGCAAGCAAAAAUACAGCGCUAGCUAGCUGUAGGUGCCGGUGAACAAAUGUCAAGCCUGUGCUGCACGGUGGAUCGUUUCGGGCACAUCGUCGUGAAGCUUCUCUAACUUACAUUUUGGAUAGGCAAUCACAAAAUGACCGAAUAAACAAACAGCAGCGCGCGUGCAUUCUGGUGUUUAGACUCGGAUUAAGGCUCAAGUGUUGUCAUGGCUUGUCAAUAUUAAAAUCGCGCUGAAUUGAAUAAACAGCGCUUGUUUCUUUUCAAAGAUAAAAAUGUGCAGCAUUAGCCAGUGAUGUUAGUUCGCGUUGUCUCUGGACGUCUUUGUAGCCAAAUCGGAUUAGCCUCAAAACUAUUUUGCUAGCCGCGAACGAGUCGCGAGCAAAAAAAAAAAAAAAAAAAAAAAACUAGCUAAGCUAGUCGCUAGGAGUUAGCUAGGUCGCUAGCUUAGCUGUUCGUUCGGUUUUGCCUGAACUGUAAAACAACAUACAAGUAAUUUUAAGUAAAGAAAAUGGACUAGUUGUUUUAAUUCGUCAGUGUCUACAUCGAUGAUAGGCCGGCGUGUUGUUACAGUAAGAGUGUGUUGUUGUUUUUACCGGUCGCUUGAUGUUUGGUUAGCUUGUCUUUCAGCUAGCUAGGUUUGCUAGCCGGCAUCAGGGUAGCUUUUGUGGAGCACAAACAGAGUCGCUCAGCUGGUUUCGGGGGAUAAGGAGAGAAGGAAGGAAGGAAGGAAAAAUUGCAAGUUAGAAUAACUUCGCAAUGAGUUUGAUCGUGUCUGAAUAUUUAUCACAACACUAGCUACUCAAUGUCAUAACGGCAGCAUAAAGCAAUAUAUGGAGUUUUCAGUGGACAAUUUGUGCCUUGCAAAAAAAGAAAAACAAGCACCAAGGUCUAACAAAAAGAAACUUGGAGUGUUCGAGCAUUAAAAAUCAAACUCACGAGUUGAGUUUAAAUUUAUCUAGGUUAUCAGAAAUGUCAUCGCUUUUUCGGAAAGGUUAGAAAGUGUUAUUUUGUGCAUCUUUGAGUUUAGUUCUGCGCCUUACAGAUCAAUGUUUAAUUUUUCGUGGCCUCGUGCUUUUGGGAUAUAUUCAAGAAGCAGUCCUGAUUUCGACAUCAUUAAAAGUGGGAACACAUUCCGAAAAACAUGGACUAACUUUCCAUGACGAUGCCUGAAGAUCAUAUCUGACUGAUAUUAGUGAAUGGAGGUAGCUUUGAUGCACCGUGUGUGUUGUCACCGUAAACAGGCGUCGAAAAAGAAGUGUGCUUCUAGUUGAGAGACUUUGGGCGAGUUGCUCUUUGCUGUGUUUUGAUUCACUUCAGUUCCCCCUCCCCCAAGCUACAAGUUGGCCCAGUGGAAGUGCUCUUCUUCGCCCAUGCACUCAGUCUGCACUCUGUGUAGGUCAGCUGUGCGAGCUGAACUCUCCGAACCCUGAGCUGCAACUGACUCGAAGGCUUCAGCUUUUUCACCCUCACCACCAGCCAAUGUGAUGGAACUGAUGUUCGCAGAGUGGGAAGACGGAGAGAGGUUCUCCUUCGAGGACUCGGACCGCUUCGAGGAGGAUUCCCUUUGCUCCUUCAUCUCGGAGGCAGAGAGCCUGUGCCAGAAUUGGAGAGGAUGGAGAAAACAGUCCGCUGGUCCAAAUUCACCUACUGUUAAGAUUAAAGAUGGACAGGUCAUCCCUCUGGUAGAGCUAUCAGCCAAGCAAGUGGCAUUCCAUAUCCCAUUUGAGGUGGUGGAGAAAGUUUAUCCUCCUGUUCCUGAGCAACUUCAGCUUCGCAUCGCCUACUGGAGCUUUCCUGAAAAUGAGGAGGAUAUCAGGUUGUACUCCUGCUUGGCCAAUGGGAGCCCUGAUGAGUUCCAGCGUGGAGAGCAGCUCUAUCGGGUGAGAGCUGUGAAAGAUCCCCUGCAGAUAGGUUUCCAUCUCAGUGCCACUGUCCUCUCACCCCAAGCGGGCCAGUCAAAGGGCGCCUACAAUGUGGCAGUCAUGUUUGACCGUUGCCGCAUCACUUCCUGCAGCUGUACCUGUGGAGCUGGGGCCAAAUGGUGCGCUCACGUGGUGGCGCUCUGCCUCUUCAGGAUUCACAAUGCAUCUGCUGUGUGCUUGCGAGCCCCUGUAUCAGAAUCCCUGUCCAGACUGCAGAGGGACCAACUGCAGAAAUUUGCACAAUAUCUCAUUAGUGAGCUUCCACAGCAGAUCUUACCCACAGCCCAGCGUCUCUUGGAUGAACUUCUGUCCUCACAGUCCACCGCAAUUAACACAGUGUGUGGAGCUCCAGACCCUACCGCUGGGCCUUCAGCUUCAGACCAAAGCACCUGGUACCUGGAUGAAUCCACCCUCAGUGACAACAUUAAGAAGACACUGCACAAGUUCUGUGGCCCUUCCCCUGUAGUGUUCAGUGAUGUGAACUCCAUGUAUCUUUCCUCCACUGAGCCCCCAGCUGCAGCAGAGUGGGCCUGCUUACUGAGGCCACUGAGGGGCAGAGAGCCAGAGGGCAUCUGGAACCUUCUGUCCAUUGUCAGGGAGAUGUUCAAGAGGAGAGACAGCAAUGCUGCACCACUUUUGGAAAUCCUCACUGAACAGUGCCUCACUUAUGAACAAAUCAUUGGUUGGUGGUACAGUGUGAGGACAUCUGCAUCUCACAGCAGUGCCAGCGGACAUACCGGCCGCAGUAAUGGGCAGACGGAGGUAGCUGCUCACGCCUGCGCCAGCAUGUGUGAUGAAAUGGUGGUGCUCUGGAGGCUGGCUGUGCUCGACCCCACCAUGAGCCCCCAGAGGCGUUUGGAGCUUGCUGCCCAGCUCAAGCAGUGGCACCUUAAAGUGAUUGAGAUUGUGAAGCGGGGACAGCACCGCAAGUCUCUGGACAAACUCUUCCAGGGUUUCAAACCGGCUGUUGAGUCUUGUUACUUCAACUGGGAAGUGGCAUACCCUCUGCCUGGCAUUACCUACUGCAGUGCAGACAAAAAGAGUGCUUCCUUUGGCUGGGCACGGGCAGCGCAGCCACAGAGAGGGGCCAAAGCAGGGACGAGUGGGGAACCUCUGGAGCCUGGGGGAGGAGGAGGAGGAGGACGUGGUGGGGGAUCUGAAUCUGGAGCUUCAGAACACAAAUCACGUGGCAGCUCCCACCCACCCCAGCAGGAGGUGGCCGUGAGGCCUAAAGAGACCAUUGUGAGCAAAAGAAAAGCCAUUUCUGGAGUGAACAGUGGAGGGAUGUUGGUGCGUUUAGGUGGGGGUAUGUCUCUAUCCAUAGAGGAAAGCGCAAAAGGUGCGUAUAAAGCUUGCAGCUCUUCGUUGUCUUCUAGCAGCAAAGGCAAGCUAACGCAGACUGGUAAGAGUUCGUGUGGAGGUUCGAGCUCUGCUGGUGGGAAGCAUCCAAGUGCUAAACGCCGCACUAGCAGUGAGGACAGCUCUUUGGAGCCUGAUAUGGCUGAGCUGAGCCUUGAUGACGGCUCUAGUCUGGCAUUGGGAGCAGAGGCGAGCAACACUUUUGACUUCUUGCCUCCACCCCCUGAGAUGCUGCCCUCUCCCAGCUCUCUGCUCAGAGAGCCACGGAAGUACAACAGCAGUAGUGGUGGUGGCAACAUCAUAAAGGAGCGAGCGUUUGAAGGUAAACGUGGCAUCCAUGCAGCAAUACCACUGGCUUCUGAAGCCCCUCAGUGCUUCCCCAAAGAAGGCCCAAUGGCAGUAGCAGUGGAGAAAGAGGUGGACGUAGAGGCAGAACUUGAGGAAAAUGGAGGAGAUGAAGAGUCAGUAGAGGAUGCUCUCCCGUCUAUAUCAGCUAUGGUCACAGCAAAACCUUCUCGAAGUCGAAGAGAGGGAGAAGGAAGCAAUGCAGCAGGGACGUCUGGACCCCAGAUCCCAGAGGCAGCAGCUGGUGUAGACCCAGUUGGCGAGGACGAUUACCAGGCGUACUAUCUCAGUGCAGCCUCUGAAGAGGGAGCUGAGAGAGGUGUGCCAGACAGCAACCUUGAGGAAGAACCAGACAUCUUUGCUGGAAUCAAACCUCUGGAGCAGGAAGGUCAGAUGGAGGUGCUGUUUGCCUGUGCAGAGGCUCUGUAUGCUCAUGGUUACAGUAAUGAAGCAUGUCGUCUGGCAGUGGAGCUAGCGAGAGAUCUCCUGGCCAACCCUCCUGACCUCAAAGUGGAGCAGCCACAGACAAAGGGUAAGAAGAGUAAGGUGUCGACCAGCAGACAGACACAAGUGGCAACCAAGACUCUUUCCAAGGCAGCCUUUCUGCUCACAGUGCUGAGUGAGAGACUGGAGUUUCAUAACCUAGCCUUCAGUACUGGCAUGUUUUCAUUGGAACUUCAGAGACCUCCAGCUUCCACCAAGGCCCUGGAGGUGAAGCUGGCAUAUCAGGAGUCUGAGGUGGUUGCUCUGCUGAAGAAGAUUCCUCUGGGUCUUGUGGAGAUGACUGCUAUAAGGGACAGAGCUGAGCAGUUACGUGACGGAAACUUCUGUGAUUAUCGGCCAGUUCUGCCCCUAAUGCUAGCCAGUUUUAUUUUUGAUGUUUUAUGCACUCCGGUGGUCUCUCCCACGGGUUCACGUCCACCUAGUCGUAACCGUAACAACGAGAUGCCAGGUGAUGAGGAACUGGGCUUUGAGGCUGCUGUUGCUGCUCUAGGUAUGAAGACUACAGUUAGCGAGGCAGAGCACCCUUUGCUGUGUGAGGGCACUAGGAGGGAGAAAGGAGACCUCGCUUUGGCUCUUAUGAUCACCUACAAGGAUGACCAGAGCAAGCUGAAAAAGAUUCUAGACAAGCUUCUUGACCGUGAGAGUCAGACCCAUAAGCCCCAGACUCUCAGCUCGUUCUACUCGAGUAAGCCAGCCACAGGUAGCCAGAAGAGCCCAUCCAAACAUGCGGCACAUGGAAGCAGUUCCACCAGUGUGUCCAAACAUGCCGCGCCGGCUACGACAGGAGGUUCCACCUCUGUGCAAGGUGUUUCCGGUGGUGGGGCGGCUGGGCAGCAAGGUGGGCUGACGGGCACUCGGGUUCAGGGCACGGCAUCAGGUGAGGCAGUCAGCGAGAGCCGAGAGCAAGAUGGAGCUCCGUCAUCCUCGUGUGAGCAGCAGAAUGAGGUGGCUUCUUUUAAGCCCGAGGGCACGGUGCCCAGCCGCUUGGCACUCGGUGGCCGUGGAGCCUAUGGAUCACGCUGCUGGGGCUCACCUGUACGGCAGAAAAAGAAGCACACGGGCAUGGCAAGCAUUGACAGCAGUGCUCCUGAGACCACCUCUGAUAGCUCCCCCACACUCAGUCGUCGUCCACUGAGAGGAGGAUGGGCAGCGUCUUCUUGGGGGAGGGGUCAAGACAGUGACAGCAUCAGCAGUUCAUCUUCUGAUUCAUUGGGCUCCUCUUCAUCCAGUGGGUCGCGCAGAGCUGGAGGAGGAGCCAGAGCCAAGAGCACUGACACCAGCAGGUAUAAAGGGCGUCGCCCUGAAUGCCACGCUCCACAUGUGCCCAACCAGCCAUCAGAGGCAGCAGCUCACUUCUACUUUGAACUAGCCAAGACUGUCCUGGUAAAGGCUGGAGGCAACAGCUCGACCUCCAUCUUUACUCAGCCUUCUGCUAGUGGGGGCCACCAGGGGCCUCACCGCAACCUGCACCUGUGUGCCUUCGAGAUCGGCCUGUAUGCCUUGGGCUUGCAUAACUUUGUGUCUCCCAACUGGCUAUCUAGGACGUACUCAUCUCAUGUGUCCUGGAUCACAGGCCAAGCCAUGGAGAUUGGUAGUGCUGCUCUUAACAUCCUUGUGGAGUGUUGGGAUGGCCAUCUCACUCCUCCUGAAGUGGCGUCACUGGCAGACCGGGCAUCACGGGCCCGAGACCCCAACAUGGUACGAGCUGCAGCUGAACUCGCACUGAGCUGUCUACCUCAUGCUCAUGCCCUAAACCCCAACGAGAUCCAGAGGGCACUGGUGCAGUGCAAAGAACAGGAUAAUCUGAUGCUGGAGAAGGCGUGCAUGGCAGUAGAGGAGGCAGCAAAAGGAGGAGGUGUGUACCCUGAGGUAUUGUUUGAGGUGGCCCAUCAGUGGUACUGGCUGUAUGAGCAGACGGUGGGUGGAGUUUCUUCAGCACAGAGGGAGGGGUCAAGCCGAUGUGGGGCAAACGGGGGAGUGGCUCGGAGACCUCCGGAAGGGAGCUGCGGUGUAUUGGAGAGCACCGUGGCCUUGGACUCUGCCGGCGUAGCAGCUGUUACUGCGGCGGUCAGUGCAGCCACUGUCGUGCCAGUCAUAUCAGUGGGCUCCACCCUUUACCAGUCGCACACACUGCCGGGCACAGCCAUGGCCCAUACGCCAGGUCUGCACCCCUAUACCACUAUCCAAGCCCAUCUGCCUACUGUCUGCACCCAGCAGUACCUGGGCCAUCAAAUCCAGCACGUCCCCCGACCUACCGUCUUCCCUGUGUCCGGUUCUGCAUAUCCACAGUACGGUUUAGGAGCUUUCUGUGUCUCUCAGGGAAUGCAUCCUGCCUUUAUUGGUGCGCAGUACCCUUUCUCGGUAGCCUCCGGGCCGCAUCCCCCCAUGGCAGCAACAGCAGUCACUUUCCCCGGAGUCCCCGUACCGUCCAUGACUCAGAUUGCUGUCCACCCCUACCACACCGCCGAGGCGGGGUUACCCCUCAGUACUACUGUGGCAGUCGGUGGGGUUCACUCAGGCUCCACCAUCCAGGCCAUUCAGGGGACAUCUCUUCCUGGCCUUUCUUCUCAGCCACCUUCAUUGGUCAGUGCGCCGUUCCCCAUGGAAGAUGAUCAGCACAAUCAGCCUGUCAGCCAGCAGGGGCUGCAUUACCUGCACUCGGCCUACAGAGUUGGUAUGCUGGCCCUAGAGAUGCUGGGUAGGAGAGCUCACAACGACCAUCCUAACAACUUCUCCCGCAGCCCUCCGUACACAGAGGAUGUGAAAUGGCUGCUAGGCCUCGCUGCGCGACUAGGUGUGAAUUACGUGUAUCAGUUCUGUGUGGGGGCUUCCAAAGGUGUGCUGAGUCCAUUCGUGCUGCAGGAGAUCAUUAUGGAGGCUCUGCAGAGGCUGAAUCCUGCCCACAUUCACGCUCACCUCCGCACUCCUGCCUUCCACCAGCUCGUGCAGCGCUGCCAGCAAGCCUACCUACAGUACAUCAACUAUCGGCUGAUCCACCUGACCCCGGCAGACUAUGACGACUUUGUAAACAUAAUUCGAAGUGCCCGCGGAGCGUUCUGUCUCACCCCGAUGGGCAUGAUGCAGUUCAACGAUGUCCUGCAGACCCUGAAGAGGGGGAAACAGACCAAGGAGCUGUGGCAGCGGAUCUCUCUGGAGAUGGCGACGUUUUCACCCUGAGUGCUCCACACUCCAGCAGGCACUGACUGACUGAACUGCAGCUCGAUCCAGAGCUCAGCCCAAGCCUAGUGUGAGUCACAGCGCCCCCUGCAGAGUCCAGAUCCAUCACUGGCAGCACAAUCAGUCCCCCUCGUGGUCCCGUAUUACUCCAGGAUGUGCAAUCUUGUGGAGUUUUCAGAGACAUGGGAAGAACUCGUGUUAAAAGGAUCCUUCCCUUAUUAUCGAACCCAUUGUCUCGUCUGAUUGUUUUUUUUUUGUUUUUUGUUUUUUUUUUUGGUGUGUGUGACGUUGAGUAACUUAUGACUAGUGUUUCAUCUUAAAAUCUGUCUUUUUUUUUUUUUUUUCCUCCUCUUUUCACUCUGUUGAUGCUCUGCUUCACUGAGUUUUAAUUGUAUGGUUAGUAAAAGACAAUGUUAUUUUUUUUCUUCAUUAGUUUAGUUGUUGUUUAUUGAUUCAGAUUUGAAUGAAAACUAAAUGUCAGACUCAUACUGCAACAUUCCUCUGCUUUUGGAGGAGUGAGCCUCCACCGGGCAUAAAGGAUUACAGCGUUGGAUACUCCAUAUAUGAACGAGGGAAGAACAUCCUUUAUUAAGAUAAGUAAACGGACAUUUAAUAGGAAACAAUAAUCAAGUACGGGUGAGGAUUCUUCUACGUUUUGUUUUAUUCUUCGUUUGUUUUUUUUUUUUAUAUUUUGUAUAGUGCGUGUGUGUGUGUGUGUGUGUGUGUGUGUGUGUGUGUGUGUGUGUGUGUGUGUGUGCGUGCGUGCAGAGAACAGUUUGAGGAAUGAAAGUGACUGCUAUCUGAGUUCUCUUUUCCAGCUGGCUGUUGGUGGCGAGGGCUUGAGGUUUUGGAACACAGAAGUUUGGCUGGACCAAAUGAUUUUUUUUUUUUUUUUUAAAACCUACAUGACUUUUCAGAAUCUAUCUAUUACAAGUCCACCGCCGCCAGGCUCUCGUCCUCCCACUCUUUUCCCCCAACGUUAAACUUCACGGAUAUUUUGUUCUUGUUUUCUGUGCAUGUGUAUUUAUCAUCAAAUGUCGAUGUGCAUACACAGGCAAAAGCAGUAUUCUCCUUUUAUCUCGGUUCUCAUUCAUGUCCGUCUCUCUGAAACAGACGCACACUUUCGAUGUUAAUGUAGAGAGGUGGUCCACUGCCAGGUUCCUGUGUUUCCAGCCUCAAGUCCGGCGCCCACUUUGGAGCUCACUAGUAGGGAAUGAUUGUAGAAAUUGUACUGUGAUAUUUUUGUAUUCUUCAAAGUGUAGCUUGAUUGGGAAGAAGAUAUAUAAAUAUAUAAAUAUAUAUGAAUAUAUAAACUGUGCUGAUUGCAAAUGGUUGUAAUCUAGACUAAAGGAAAAAAAAAGAAAAUGGAACAGACAAAAAGCAAUAUUGAAAAUGUAGAGUUUACUUAAUAAAGAUAACUCAAAACACUAA